AAACUAUGUCUAUUGAAGGUACAAUGAUACAAUGGCGAUGUAAACAAACACACAUGGGGGUGUCUACUUCUACUUCUUCAUAGUCUGCGUUUCACUAAUUUUCAGAGGUGGCACAGUGUAUAUUUUUUGGUGUAGCUUGUAACAAGUUCACCCCAAGUGUUCCAUUGUUCAUCGAAAAGAUAUUUUUGUUGAAUUAAUUUUUGCUGACGUCAUAUCCAUCAUGGCUUUAGAUCAAGCCACCAAAUUACAUCUGGAGAAGGAACUGCUCCCGUUUUUAACCCUUGAGGCUCGGGGAGACUUGAAGUCUGUAGCCAUACGUUACUUUCUGGAACUGACAGGCUCAAAGGAAGGAAGAGAUUUCAUAGCAGAAGGGGACAAGUUUCUGAAGGCCAUUGCUUCUUUGACGUGUGACAAAGAAAAGGAUAUUUCCAGGGAUGCAUUUUUAACAUUGAUUAAUUUAACUGCAGAUGAGAAGAUUGCUUGGAAACUAAUGAAUACAGAAACCACUUUUAUUUAUGACUUGCUUCACAAGAUGCUCAAGCCAGAUUUUGAAUUUGCUGACCAAGCAUCAAGCAUAAUAGCUAAUACAACAAGGAUUGCAGGCUGUGCUAGCAAAUUAGCCUGUCAAAUUCUUGAAGCCAACUCGAAGGUGACAAUGGAAAAUGUGGUGAAUGUACUGUGUAAAGUGAAUUUCAAUAAAAAUGCUACUCUACAUUACCUGGGACUCAUCUUAUCGAAUCUGACACAGGUUCCUGGCAUAAGAAAAAUAAUCAUGGACAAAGAUCGUUGCAUCAUACAGAAGCUUCUGCCUUUCACAGAGUAUGCUGACUCAACAAUCCGGAGAGGAGGAAUAGUGGGGACAUUGAAGAACUGUUGCUUUGAAUAUGAGUAUCAUGCAUGGCUCUUGAGUGAGGAAGUGGACAUUUUGCCUCGACUGUUACUGCCUCUGGCUGGAGGGGAAGAGUUCGAUGAUGAUGAUAUGGAGAGACUCCCUGUGGACCUGCAGUUUUUGCCACCAGACAAAGAGAGGGAGGCUGACCCAGAUCUGAGAACAAUGCUUAUUGAGGCUGUCACUCAGUUGUGCAGCACAAAGCAAGGCCGGUUGCUGAUCAAGGAGAAGAACGCUUAUGUCAUCCUUCGAGAGCUGGACAGAUGGGAGAAAGAUCCCAAGACCAAAGUGGCAUGUAGAAAUCUCAUCGAUGUGCUUAUAUCUGAUGAACCACAGCAGGGAAUGGAGGAUUUACAUAAAGUGGAGGUGCCUGAACAUCUAGUGGAAAAAUUUAAUCAGAUGGAUUUGGACCUGCUGAGUGAUUUUAAAGAGGAACUGGACAAAAAAGCUUCUGAAGAAAAAGAAGAGAAAGGAGAAGAAAAAAGUUAAAAUAUACACCUAAAAUAAUAAA